GUCACUAGCUCAACAGGUCUUCCCGGGAGAGUUCUCAGUACGGUCACAGCCAGGUCACAGGUUAAUCAGCGGACCACAGGUUAGAGUCGAGAAGAUCGCGAUGACUACGAUCAGCCAGGAUGGAGUGAAGGCGGCUAGAACGUGCAGCGUGAUUUUUGUGGCUCUGGUGGCUGUCGGCUUGCUUUGCUCCGCUCACGCUUCUCCUCUCACGAAGGCUGGCUCCCAGAGGCUCGACAUCACCGCAGCAUCCCGGACCAAGAGGAACUCCAGGAUAAUUGAAGAGUGCAUGCUGGUGGGCCUGGAGGAGGGCACCUACUUCUACAAGAGCCGCGGCACCGGUGAUGUCUGCGGCGUCUACCUCAUCAGUCAGCCCGACGAGGCCAUCCAGGUGUCCUUCGAUUACCUCGAUGUCGACUGCGACGUCAACGGCCUCGUCAGCUUCGUGGACGGCUGGGAGCUGGGCGGCGAGCUGUUCCCGAGCGAGGUGGACGCGCCUCUGGAGGGCCGCGUGCACGAGUUCUGCGGGAGGCUGAAGAAGAAGGUGUUCCAGAGCUCAGGGAACGCGGCCCUGAUCCAGUACCGGGUGCCGAGGAGGGGCAACGGCUUCAAGAUCACCGUGAGAUAUACCAAGAAUCCCACACCCUGCAACAUCCUGGUCGACGACGUGUCCGGCCUGUACACCCUGAGGAACCACGGGCGUCGCUCCAACUGCUCCAUCACCACCAUCUUCCCGGCGUCCGUGUCCAUCGCCCAGAUCGCCGUCGGGAUUAAGGGCUCCCUGGUGCCGAACAGGGCCAUCGAGACGGGUGUGCUCAGUAGGUGUGAGAAGCGCGGGUCGAGGGACUUCGUGCAGAUCGGAGGCGCCCAGGGGUUGGACGUCACCAAGCUGGAGGUUGAAGACUCGGUGUGCGGACUUGACUCCAACCCUCGUCUGCCAGCGUCGCAUAUCCUCUGCGGCAUGACCACCGUCCGCAUGGUUUCUUCAGGACUAACUGACAACUCCAUCACUCUUGCCAUCUCGCAGAUCUCCGAUUUUGAUAUCAUGCCAACGCUGAUGUGUGACUUACCUCUGUAAGCUUGUGAGUCGCCCUCCCACAGAGGUCCAGCAGAAGACAUCCGACCAGAAGCUCUGUCUCUAUCCCCUCUCCUCUCAUCUCCUCGCCAAAAAGAUGCUCGUCCAAUCGUCCAUCUAUCCACCUGUCCACUCGUCCACUCGUCCACUCGUCCCUCUGAGAAAAGGAAAUUUGAUUGGGAUGAUUUUCGUUCGUUCGUUCAGAGUUGGAUAUUUUUAAAAAAUUGACUUCUUCGGUUUUUUUCUUGUUUUUUUUCAUGUUUUUAUGGGGGGUUUGUGUUUGUUUAUUUAUUUAUUUAUUUAUUUAUGUGUUGUUUUCUAGGUUGAGAGGUUUACUGUUCUAUUUUUUUUUCUUUUUUUCUUUUUCUUUUUAAUUGGGUUAUUAUCGUUUGUGUUUGUGAUUCCCUCUUUCGCUGUGUGAAAGGUGCAAGUGAAAAUAAACAGUUCUGACAAAGCAGCAGAUGUAAUUUAUGGAAUGCUGAUGAAGAUGUGACUCAAACCGCAUCAUUUUACGUCUGUUGUGUGGAGAAGUUACUUAUUCUAAUUUUUAUACUUUGUACAUUAAAGAAAUGUCAUUAUCGUAACCUCAAUUGUUGAACGUUUGUCUCUUUCUGUGUCUUUCUGUCUUAUCUUAUCCUGGUCCGUUUGAUUUCCUGUCUCUCUCUUUUCUUCUUUUGUUUCAUCAUACCUUUUAUCUAUUUCAUACUGUUAUUAUUUGUUAUCACUUGCUUCUUAAUUCCUUUGUUUUGUAAAUCAGACAGGAGACCUUAUCUCAGAUCCUUGAAUAGUCUCUCUCUCUCUCUCUCUCUCUCUCUCUCUCUCUCUCUCUCUCUCUCUCUCUCUCUCUCUCUCUCUCUCUCUCUCUCUCUCUCUCUCCCUCUCUCUUUCUCUCUCUCUCUCUCUCUCUCUCUUUCUGAACCGGUCACAAAGACGCUUGAAGGAAGAAUAAAUACAAAUAAACGAGUCAGCAGGAAAAUGGCUACACAAAACCACUACCAAUGACAAGCAACAGCCAGCUUAUCGGGAAAGAAAAGACCAGCAAAUUGGACCUCCCUUCCCCCUCUCCUCCAUCCCCUUCCCUCUCUGUAUUGCUUAUUGCACUUUGAUUUUAUAGUUUAGGGGCCGAACAAAGAGAGAGAAACUGAAAAAGAUAAAUGAUUAAUAAGGUAUUUUGAAGAUUAGUUCAGCGACUGUGAUCGCCUGGGAUAUCUCGACCCUCGACAAUCAGUGACAUGGGAUUCAACCCUAUAAAAUGGCGAAUCAGAUGUCCCGGAUGAAGGUUUUGAUUCGCCUCGUCCGUAGGUUUUAUUCCAGUGGUCCGUUUCAUUCCCCUAUGGCUCUGUCCAAAAUUUCGGUUGGAGAAAACGAGGAAAAAGAAGCUGAGAAAUAUGUAUAGUUAUUUAUUUACUUAUUACCAUUACUAUUUGUUGGGGUUAGAACACCGUUCUUUCAGUAAACAGUACUGGAAAAUAUUUACAGAACGGCCAACGAGUUUAGGAUAAACAAACAGAACUAACCAAACCCGCCAAAAUGAAAGCAAACGUUCUUUUAAGAUAAUGUGAGAAAAAAAAAAAGUUAAAAAAUGAACUUAAAAGACGAAAAGCAAAUCGACUGAGCAUUGUACGGGAGGAGACGAUUAGUAAUCAAUCCUAGUUCAGUUAUGGGCGCUUAUGUACAUAUUAUUUUGAAGGUUUCUGACCUUUUUAAGAAGGAGAAUUUGACUACGAAAUACAGCAUCGUGGAUAAGCAUGUUCUGGGUCACCCAACUUACACGUCAUUGUAUAUCAGAAUUGUGACAACAUGAAAUAAUGUACGAAAUUGGAAAUAAAAAUGAUUCUAAA